AUGAGCGGCAGAGGUAAAACCGGCGGCAAGGCGAGAGCGAAGGCCAAGACUCGCUCAUCCAGAGCUGGACUGCAGUUCCCCGUCGGUCGUGUUCACAGACUUCUCCGUAAAGGCAACUAUGGUGAGCGUGUCGGUGCCGGUGCUCCCGUCUAUCUGGCCGCAGUGCUCGAGUAUCUGACCGCUGAGAUCCUGGAGUUGGCCGGAAACGCCGCUCGUGACAACAAGAAGACUCGCAUCAUUCCCCGUCAUCUGCAGCUGGCGGUACGCAAUGACGAGGAGCUAAACAAACUUUUGGGCGGUGUGACCAUCGCUCAGGGCGGCGUGCUGCCCAACAUCCAGGCUGUGCUGUUGCCCAAGAAGACCGAGAAGCCCGCCAAGUCCAAAUAA